UAAGGCAUAAACCUGGUCUGUGUGCAAACACACACCCAUAGAAGGCUGUGGAAAGAGAAGGAACUGGAAAGACCAUUAAAGAGAAGCGGGCCACCUUCUUUAUUACCAACAAACCCGUUCGUCUCCGUGGAAUUAAACACAAUAGUAAUACUCAACGCGUGGGCAUCUCAAACGGCGGCGGACGUUGCACUUUGUUUGUAAAGGGAACGGAUCUGGUUUGACAUUGCAGAAGACCGUGUAGCUAUUUGCCUAUAAUUUUGGGGUCGAAUACUAAAGUGAGGAGAAAAUGAAAAGCGUCAGGAGCUGUGUCGGCACACUUGUGGUGCUGAUACUGUGUCGGGUGGGAGAAAUUGCAGAAGCGUGCAGCUGUUCUCCCGUUCAUCCUCAACAGGCGUUCUGCAAUGCUGAUAUCGUAAUCAGGGCCAAGGUGGUCGGAAAAAAAGAAGUGGAUUCAGGCAAUGACAUUUAUGGCAAUCCUAUCAAACGGCUCCAAUAUGAGAUUAAGCAGAUCAAGAUGUUCAAAGGCCCGGAUCGCCACAUCGAUUUGUUUUACACCGCACCCUCAUCUGCCGUGUGCGGGGUGACAAAUUUGGAAACGAAUGGCAAGAAGGAAUACCUCAUCUCAGGCAAGUCGGACGACAAUGGUAAAAUGCACGUGACUCUCUGUGACCAUCUCAUGCCCUGGGAGUCCAUGAGUGCCACCCAGAAAAAGAGUCUCAGUCAGCGCUACCAGAUGGGGUGUGACUGCAAGAUCACACGCUGUGCGACCUUCCCAUGCGAGAUCAGUGCCCCUGAGGAGUGUCUGUGGACAGAUUGGGUGACGGAGAAGAUCAUUCAGGGGCGCCAGUCUGACCACUACGCCUGCAUCAAAAGAGGGGACGGCUCCUGUGCCUGGUAUCGCGGAGCCGCUCCACCCAAGAAGGAGUUCAUGGAUGUAGAGGAUCCUUAAUCUAUCUCUCCCUCCCUCUCCACAUCGCCCAAUCUGAGGCUCUUACGAAUAUCAUAGAUGUAAGUUAAUAUCAACAUAAAGACAAAACUCUACCAAAUUGAAAUGUUAAGGUUAGAUUAGUAUAACGUCUUCAUUAGAUAUCGCAACACGAGACAGGACUGGAGUAAACUGGCACCCAGAAAACACAGCCCAUUGUGUGAGGGACAAUCUUUAAAUACGAGCACUUUCUGCCCCCAACAGCGCUUAGAUUUCUCUCGCCAAAUAGAGCAUACAACUUUUCCAAAACUGCAGUUUUUAAACGUCUCUCGAUUUCUGGCAUUUUGCUCCAAACCCACACGGGGCGACAGUGACAGUAUUACUUUUGAAGGUAGUGUAAUUUCCAUGGCAACUGGUCCACUCAGAUAAAUGGUGAGGCAGGACUUCCCAGAUUGUUCAAAGGUGUGCCGGGACCACGAAAGAACUUUUAACAGACGGCGGGGAUUUGGAAAAACACAAAUUUUGACCAAAAUCAAUGUCGCUAGGCAUGAAUUUGUGAGGGAAGCAAAAUAGUGCUGCUGACCAAAUUGCAGAAUGUUGAACUGUUGUAUAUGAAGCUGUUGCUAACUUUUAUCAUGCUUUACAUCCCUAUCGUGUGUAUCUGCUUCAUGGCAUAUCCUUUUUAUAUACAGAAAUAAGGGAAUGACAAUGUUAACAUAUACUAUACAGACAACAGAUCUAGUGUUCAUAAAUUUCGUAAUAUACAAUCAAUUCCUCGCCAUAUUUUGACUUUCUUGCGCAUUUAUGAUCGAAGCAUCCCCUUGUUUUGUAAGUACGUCUGUUUACCUUUCUGAAUCUUUACUUUCAAACACACACAAUGAGUUUAUUUGUCCGAUUUACGCAUUCAUUGCUCCGGUAAUGAGUUGAACUUGUUGCACUUUCUUAAAAAAAAAAAAAAAGACGAAAUCAGGAGGGCCGUCUCUGCUUUUUGUAGCUCUGCUUCUCUUUUACAAUAGCGAAUUUUAAAUGCCUUCAUGCUUAGUUUGCAAACGUCAAGCAGUUAUCUAAGAUCCCGGCGAGCUCUUUUACCUUGCGUAUUGUUUUACUGUGUCAUUAGAUUAUGUGCCGAAAAAAGGUGCAUGAGACUUUAGUUGCCAUGGUAACGGGAAGACCCUUAGUUUUGCAACAAGGCCAAUUGGGUUGGCAUGCAAAGAUGCGGACCUAUUGCGUGCUCUGAUUCUCCACACAGAAAGAGGAAACGGUUCCUUCUUCCUGUGAUGUCAAUAAACUCAGGAGUUUAUUGGCAGCUUGAGAGUAAACAACAGAGGUGGAGUGUUGCUGCUGUCCCCUUAUUGGCCGUCGCGCAGUCAUGUGACUGACUGAGGGGUGUGGCAAUAAAAUACUAGUUGCUAUGCGCUGACAGGGUGAACCAUGUGGCCCAGUGUGGUCGGACAGAGAGAGAGAGCAUGUUUUGAAAUUCGAACAGUUUAAAGGGAUCACAAUCAUUGUAUAAAGUCAACAUCAUUUUGGAGCAUUAUUAUUAGUACUUGUUAAAUUCAUGCCUUUAUAUUUUGGCUAUCAGUGUUCCAGCAUUAGUGUAGGAAGCUUUUGACCUUAAGUGUGAUUUAAAUUAAGAUUUGUUUUUAAUAUCAUCACUCGUUCCUUCAUACAGAAACAUCGCCAUAAACAAGCUUGAACUCGAAUACGCUCUAUACUGUUGAUUUACAAGGUUAAUGUUUAAUACACAUCAAGCUUUAACUACUUACAAUAAACUGCUUUGUAUUAAAUGUUAAAUGGCGUAAGUUAAAUGAUUUUUUUCCAUGUUUCUACUUUUUUAUAUGUAUUAUUACCUUUGAUUUAUAUGAUCAUGGUGUUAUUUUUUACUUGUCUUUUGUCUUUCUCUUUAAUGAUUUGCGGAAAAGUACAGGAAUGUGAGCUCGUGUCUGAACCACAUGAGAGUUGUGGUAGAAAAACCAGACUAUGCAUGUGUUUGAUGCUUUCUGUAAUUCCCACGUGGAUGUUCACUUGACGGAUAAAUAUACAGUAUUACCAAAUAAAACAUUAAACUACA